GAGUUCUAUGAUGAGUGGCCAAUCCGGCUGGGCGAGGCAGAGCCUUACAAAGGCCCCAAGACACCUGAUGGACGAGAAGUCAACUUUUAUAAGAUUAUUGACUAUAUUUUACAUGGAAAAGAAGAAAUCAAAGUCAUUCCGUCACCUCCAGCAGAUCACUGGUGUCUUGUCAGUGGACUGCCAACAUAUGUUGCUGAAAAUGGAUUUAUUUGUAAUAUGAUGAAUGCACCAGCAGAUGACUAUUUCACAUUUCAGAAAGGACCAGUGGAUGAGACUGGAUGGGUUAUCAAAAAUGUCCUGUCAUUGCCUAUUGUCAACAAAAAAGAAGAAAUUGUGGGAGUUGCAACAUUUUACAAUAGGAAAGAUGGAAAACCUUUUGAUGAGUAUGAUGAACAGAUCAUUGAAACUCUCACACAGUUCCUGGGGUGGUCUGUUUUAAAUACUGACACUUAUGACAAAAUGAACAAGCUUGAAAACAGGAAAGACAUUGCUCAGGAAAUGCUUAUGUACCAGACAAAGGCCACCCCUUCCGAAGUUGAAUCUAUACUGAAAUACAAGGAGAAAUUAAAUGUAAAUAGUAUAGAAGAAUGUGAUCAAAAGGAUCUUAUCAGGAUUUUGAAAGAAGAAUUACCUGAUCCAAAAGAUUUAGAACUGUAUGAAUUUCGCUUCAGUGACUUUCCCGUUACAGAGCAUGGCCUGAUAACUUGUGGAAUACGACUGUUCUUUGAGAUAAAUGUUGUUGAAAAGUUCAAAGUCCCAGCUGAGGUCCUUACAAGAUGGAUGUACACAGUCAGGAAGGGUUAUCGAGAUAUCACUUACCAUAACUGGCGACAUGGAUUCAAUGUGGGACAAACAAUGUUUACUCUGCUGAUGACAGGUAAAAUAAAGAAAUACUAUACUGAUCUAGAAGCCUUUGCCAUGGUUGCUGCUGCUUUCUGCCAUGACAUUGAUCACAGAGGGACCAAUAACUUGUAUCAAAUGAAGUCAGCUGCUCCACUGGCAAAACUUCACGGCUCUUCCAUUUUAGAAAGGCAUCACCUAGAGUACAGUAAAACCCUACUGCAAGAUGAGAGCUUAAACAUCUUCCAGAACCUAAAUAAGCGCCAGUUUGAAACUGUUCUACACUUAUUUGAAGUUGCAAUAAUAGCAACUGACUUGGCUUUGUAUUUCAAGAAAAGAACUAUGUUUCAAAAGAUUGUGGAUGCAAUUGAAAAAAUGGAAACAGAAGAUGAGGCUAUUAAAUAUAUAUCUAUCGACCCAACCAAAAAAGAAGUCAUCAUGGCUAUGAUGAUGACUGGAUGUGACCUGUCUGCAAUAACCAAACCUUGGGAAGUGCAAAGUAAGGUUGCCCUCAUGGUUGCAAAUGAAUUCUGGGAGCAAGGUGACCUGGAACGAACUGUGCUACAGCAACAACCAAUUCCUAUGAUGGACAGAAACAAAGGAGAUGAACUACCUAAGCUCCAAGUUGGUUUCAUAGAUUUUGUGUGCACAUUCGUGUACAAGGAAUUCUCGAGGUUUCACAAGGAAAUUACACCUAUGUUUGAUGGUCUUCAAAACAACAGGGUUGAAUGGAAAACACGAGCUGAUGAAUAUGAAGAGAAGAUGAAAGUUAUUGAGGAACAAAAGAAAAAGGAAGAAGAGGCAGCUGCUAAAAAAGCUGAAAAUGCAGCUGGAGGUGGUGGCGGGAGUGGAGAGGACGGAAAAUCCAAAACAUGUAUAGUUUUGUAAUUCUUUGUCUCAGACACCGUUUCUGCUACAGAAAAGACAUCUAGAAAGAACUUCAAUGAGCCCCAGCGGAUUUCUGCUUCGCGUAGAAUAGUAUAGAGCGAUCUCUUAACAAUCCUCUUAAACACUUGCCAUUUGUUGGAAAUAAGUUUUAAUGGAAUAAACCAACAGUUACAAUUAAAAAACUGGAAAAUCAAGAGAAAAAAAUAAUGGUACAAAAUGAGUUAACUGCGCUCUAGAUACUUUUUAAUGUCACUCAAUUUCUAUACAGUAUUUUUAUUACAAUAUGUAACUUCUGCACACUGUCCAGAAAAAAAUGUAAUUUUGACAGAUCUUGUAUGAAAUUACUCAAUGAAAUCUAACAUGUACAAUUCAAACAAAAAAUUGCUAUUUUUCGUAACUUGUAUAUUUAGAUUUUUAUAUUAUGUGUAUUUCCUUAAUCUGGAAUUGUGUCCUUUUCCUUCAUUCUCAAUACUAUAUAAAGUUCUAGAGUAAACAUCUCCUUCACUUUAGGAAUGCUCAACACAAUUUCCUGUCUCAUAUCUAUACAAAGCAGGCCUAUGGUACACGGUACUUUUUCAAAACACCAAGGAUAAAUAUGUAAAUUGUAGCCAUCGCUCAGAGAAACCACUCUUUUGCCCAUAUGCAAAUGGCUCUGACCACAGUUCCUAAACUGACCACCUUUUAUUGUAAAAAUCUAAAAAGGCAGACUGUAAACAUCAUACUUUGCAUAAGAUACCUAUACCAGUAUAUCUACAGCAGGCUCUACAUUCAAAGGCAUUUUAAAAGGCUUAUGUUCUCCCAAUGCACCUUUUUUAAAAUGCAGUAAAUGAAAGUAUUUGAAAACCAAUGAACAGGCACCAAUUUAAUCUCGGGACAGUAGAAGUAGGGCACAUCGAAUUCACAUUACCUCCCUUUCUACAACCAAGACAGACUGCACACAAAUUAGCUCUGCAUAAACAAUGAUCUCCCUUUCAAAACCCUCUGUUCUUGCAGAAUGACAGAGCCUACUCCAUACCUUCUACUCAGGUCUCAUGAAGCCAGCUCCUCCUGCAGAUGAAGGAAAAUGGCUAGUAUAUUUUACACGGAUCUGACUAUUCACUGGAACCAAUUCCAAAUCUAAGAGGAGAUGGAUGUCAAAUGCAAUUACUGCAACAAACAAGUUUAACAGGCAGACUCAAUCCUGCCACUUUUCUUCCUCCUUUAAAUAAAGCAGACCCUUUUUUUUUUCUCUGAAGGGCCCUCAGCAUUCACUGAGAAGGGAGAAUGACUAAACGAUCUGCCACAUUAUAUAUCUUUCUUAGCAUGCUCUAUGAAUAUAGAUACUGUGUACAACUCUCACCCAAAAUUAAAGGAAUCCACAAAAAAAAUCCCACUUAUUACAUCCUUAUUUAUAAAUGGGCCAAAUAUUUUAUGCAAACUUAGUUAUGACAUAAAACUGGGUAUCAUGUAUUAUUUUCCGUAUUAAAUGCAGAUACUAAAGAAAGUUAUUUCAAGGUUGUUUGAUCAUGUAAUUUUGUUCAAACUGCAUUAAAUGAUGUAUUUAAU